AACCCAUUUCCCAUUACAUUCAUUUCAUUUCUUUGUUACUUUUCAUAAAGAAGAAAAAAUAUCUAGCUAGGCUUCAUUCUUGCAAGACUUAAUUACGUUGCAAAACCAAAAUGAUGCAAGGAAAGAAGAUUUACGCGGAUAAAAGUUCGUUUGGCCGAUCCGAUUUCCCUGAAGGCUUCUUGUUUGGGACAGCCUCAUCGGCUUACCAAUACGAAGGAGCUGUUAACGAUGCCUCUCGAGGGCUAAGUGUUUGGGAUACUUUUGUCCGCAAGCAUCCAGAAAGGAAUUGUUACUCUGAUGCGGACCAAGCUGUGGAGUUUUAUCACCAUUACAAGGAAGAUAUUCAAAGAAUGAAAGAUAUCAAUAUGGAUUCAUUCAGAUUCUCAAUCUCAUGGCCUCGGAUUCUUCCUCAUGGAAAGAAAAUUAAAGGAGUGAACAAGGAGGGAAUCAAAUUCUAUAACGACCUCAUCGAUGAACUCCUAGCUAAUGGAAUCACUCCUCUCGCGACUUUGUUCCAUUGGGACACUCCACAAGCCUUAGAAGAUGAAUACAAUGGUUUUCUAAGCGAAAAAGUUGUUGAUGAUUUCCGCGACUUCGCCACUAUAUGUUUUGAGGAAUUUGGCGACCGUGUUAAGUAUUGGGUGACACUAAAUGAGCCGUGGGUUUAUAGUAUUGGCGGGUAUGAUACCGGGAGAAAAGCUCCUGGUCGUGCCUCCAAAUACAUGAACGAAGCAGCUUUGGCUGGUGAAUCGGGUCGUGAGGUUUAUACUGUUAGUCACAAUCUACUCUUGGCUCAUGCCGAGGCUGUUGAAGUCUUCAGGAAUAACCCAAAGUGUAAAGAUGGGAAAAUUGGUAUUGCGCAUUGUCCGGUCUGGUUCGAACCUUAUGACUCGAACUGUCCUAAAGAUCAAGAAGCGGUCGAGCGUGCCAUGGAAUUUAUGUUUGGAUGGCACAUGGAUCCAACGGUCUAUGGAGAUUAUCCGGAAGUCAUGAAAAGGUCGAUUGGAAAAAGAUUACCGUCGUUUACUGCAGCGCAAUCUAAGAAGUUAAAAGGAUCUUUUGACUUUGUUGGAGCAAAUUAUUACAGUGCCUUUUACGUUAAAAAUGUUGUUGACGUUGAUCCUAAUAUUCCCGAUUGGAGAUCUGACGCACACAUCGAAUGGAAAAGACAAAACAAAGCAGGACAAACUUUGGGUCCUAGAGGUGGUUCAGAAUGGGACUUUUUAUACCCACAAGGGUUAAGAAAGUUUUUGGUUUAUGCCAAAAACAGAUACGGAAGCCCUAAAUUUAUGAUAACUGAAAAUGGACAUUGCGAUAUAGACUAUGAAAAAAAGGCAAAACUUUCAAACUUGAUGGAUCUGCAGAGGACAGAGUACCACAAAAAACAUCUCCAAAGCAUCCACCAAGCCAUCAAGGAGGAUGGUGUUCAAGUAGAAGGAUACUAUGCAUGGUCAUUGCUCGACAAUUGCGAAUGGAACGCUGGUUAUGGAGUUCGAUACGGACUGUUCUACGUAGACUACAACAACGGUCUAAAACGUUAUCCCAAAAUGUCUGCAAUGUGGUUCAAAGAGUUUUUGAAGAAAGAAGAGAUCGAGGAGUCAGAGAAGGAAGGGUCGUUGAAUUUUGUUGUUAACAAGAAGAGGAAGAGAUUCUUAACAUCAUCUGGUUCACUUUCCUGCUUUAUACCUAAGAUGUCUGAAUCCUCGAAAGCAUUAGAACUCCUUUUCUAAGACCAUUCGUUUAUUUGAUUUUUUGGUUUGUUUUGUGAAUGAAAAGUUUCGAAAAAU